CGUUAAAUUAAAACGCAGGCAUUGUACAAACAGUGAAUACUCCUGUUCGAAGAUAUUAGUGUUAUGCUAUCCUCACAAUCACACUCAAGAGGAGUUUGUUAGACCUCAAGGCGCUUUUAAUACAACGAGGUGUAAUCCUUGUAAACAGAUACAGACUAGGGUUUCUGAUCCAAUAUAACAUAUUUAUAUGUACAUAAAUAUAUUUAUAUAUAGAUAGACGUAUAUAUAUAUUUAUAUAUAGAUAGACGUAUAUAUAUAUAUAUAUAUAUAUAAGCAAGAUCGACCGGUUUGAUGAACCAGUUCGCAACCACUAUGCAGGGAUGUGUAGGUACACGCCUACAACCUCAUCAGCAAAGGCCUACACAUGCGUCUUCAGGAUCUAUGUUUCUGCGUGGAACGAUGUCGAUGUCUGCUUUACCGAUGGGAGAUGUCCAUUACUACGGUCGCAUGCAGUCACACGCACCCUCGAAUGUACUACAAACGCGCGCUUACGGUAGUACUCAUGACCUUACACUCUUACCACGGCCACAAAGGCCACAGCAGUCGCAAAAGUCACCCAGAUCUAUUAUUAGAAAGACGAGUACUGGUAUUAGUUUAUCGUCACAGCGACGUGCGAAACUCAGCGAGGAAAGGAAGGAGUUGUUAAGGGCAAAAGAUGCGGAAAGGAAGAGAAAUGAGCGAUGCAGAAUGAAGCAGACACUCUCGCCGGAGGAGAUUGCGCGAAGAAAGCAAGUGGAUGCAAAUCGAAGGAAGGCAUCACGUGCUAAGGCGAGACUAGCAAAGAAGCUGUCUGAAAAGGCGGAUACAGGAAUAAUCGGACAAGCUGAACCGUUGAGCUUGCCUAGUUCUCAGUCCGUAGAUUUGAAGACUGCCCGAGGUAAAGCGAAAAAAUCUUCCGACGCAGGAAGUGACAGUGAAUUGUUGGGUGUGCGAUUGGGCAAAUGGGAGCGUGGUGUGGAUACACUGGGCCGUACAGAUGUGUCAACACUGCAUGGUUCCGAGCACAAUAUUAAUGCUGCUUUUUUUGGCUCCAUAACUCCGGUGGUUGGCAUGCAGAUGAUGCCUAUAGACAAGCAUGCGGAUAAGGCGAAUGCUACCUUUGAAACCCUAAAUAAACAAGGAUCGGUUAUGUCAUCUAAGUGGGAGAUGAUGGUGCGACUUGGUGAUCACGUGCACCAGCACGGUGAAGAUAUAGUUUUGAAUCACUCGAUGAGUGGCAUGGCCAAUGUUGGGGAUAAACAACAACUCAGUCGUGAAGUGAGUACGAGUGGAUAUUCUAUUGGCACUCCUAUUGGUGAAAAUGAACUGGUGCUGUCUAAUUUUGGAUCAGAGUUGAAUCUAUCUGGUCAGCAGACCAGUGAGCAACACCAGACACGUAAACUACAACAUGAGACACAGCAGCUUUAUCGUCAGCCACAGACACAAUCACAGAUACAGCAACUGACGCAGUCCGCAGAAGCACUCGCUCAGGCAAACGGGUAUGCUCUGGCAGCCAAUACGAACGAAGCAGCACAGUCACGCGUUGGCGGGACAGGGCAUUCGUAUAUGACACCCCAGGAAGGAGUACACGCUCACACACGACCCCACUCACCUGCAGAAAUGCAGCAGCUGGCGUUUUUGGACAACAGGCAUGUCAAUACCAACAGCCCGGUUUAUACGCUUGCCAGUAUGCACUCCAAUACAGGCUCGCUGGACGACGUGAAUCUGAUGGGCGACACGAGUGCAAAGCUUAACUCGGAAUCUGACACUCGCACGGUCAAUCAGACGUAUAUGUACGAACACUAUACACCUCCUGCACAAGGCUCAGCACUUCAGAGCGCUCUGGGUACGACUUUCAAGGUGCAGGGGACAAGUGCAUCGAUGUCUAAGGUCACACGUACACGUAAGUUGAUGUCCAAGGAGAAGGCCGAUGAAUUGCGAGCGAAAGAUGCAAAGCGAAAGCGUCUGGAGAGGGCUAAGCAGAAGGCUUUGGGAAUCAAGCCUAGCCAACCGCCUAAACCAUCGACCAAGGAGAAACGAGAUAAGGAUGCUGCACGUAAGCGAGCCGAACGGGCACGGAAGAGGCUGCAACAGCAAGAAGCGAAGGACAGGGCUCUAAAGGCAGGGCAGGAUUCAUGCGGUGGAGACCUGGCGUCACCUAGUUCACAUGACAGCAUGUCAUAUCACGGGGGCUCGUCAACCGGUGCCAUGAACCAGGCAACCGGCCGUCACCAGAUGGUAGAGCAGGUCAUACAGACACCACCGAGCCAGUGCCAGGCACUCUCACCUCCGCUGAGUUACUCGCACACGUACGCGCACGUGUCAACACUUGACAAUGGAAUGUCGGCGGAUGUGAGUCGUGGUACGGAUCUAACGGCCGACGAGCAAUCGCCACAGCAACAGGCACUCCCACAACCACCACAGAUGCAGCAGAGGGGAGGAAGAUCUUAUAAAGCACACCCCUUCACAUAUACACAGCGAGACGUCCAGCAGAGUAAUGCGGUCGACUACAGACAGUACUAUGCGGAUGUAGGGCAGCCGCACCACUACUCAAGCUACGCUCAUAGAGCGGCGGUUACAAGCCACAUGUCUUGAGAUGUGGGGGAGUGUACCGAACUCUACAGUGCGGAGAACUACUCGCCAUGUUAGCCACGUGCGUGUGGUUUGAUAUGAUACACCCAGGUGCGUACGGUGCCUUGUGCAUGGAUCGCGUACAUGAGUGCAGCGCUGUAAGGCAAGGGUAUAGUCACAUAUUAUUUAUCAACAAUACCAGUUAAGGGGGCCUUCACAGUGCUUGAAGCCCCGCAUAUCCAGGCUAUUAUUACAAAUGUUGGAAAUUAUAUCUUUUGGGAUACUAUAUAUAUUUAUAUAUAUAUUACGUUUCGGUGGAGAUAUUUAGCCAGUGGGUUUAUUUCCGGGCGAAUAACACCAUGAAUGUGGACUCCGCGCUGUCGUAAGACCGUGGCCACUAUACAACCCAGGGGGGGUCUUGGGCAGUACUCCGGUACUCAUUAGGACCCCCAAUGUCAAGAAUGGAUAUGAACAUGUCUGAACCUGACUUUUUUUGGUUGAGCCCUACGUAGAGCAUCAACCGUACCCUCAGAUAUCUCCAAAACAUAUCGUGGAAUAUCAAGACAUUCUCGUGAACCAUUCACGAUGAUGCGUAUUUAGACUAUAAGAUCAGAGAAUCGAGUCUCUUUAUAUAAGACCUCAGGCGGACGACACCACAUGGAUACAUGGUGGCCAUUCGUUGGCUAUGCGUUGAUCGUGGUAGCGCAGCCGUCUGAAAAAGAAAUUCAAAAUUGAAGCCUUCACAGAGACUGAAGCCUCAAAUUAUUAUAAUAUCACCACAAUAUUCGGUGACUUUAGCAAAGCAUCCCUCCGACGUUUCCGAGGAGCUUUAUUAGUAUAUCCAUAGUAGAACUCAUAAGAAGUGAGUGUACUAGUGGAGAGUGGGACCGACCCAUCUUAAAUCGCAGGCAUGUAUUAUUAGCACUGCCGGUCAAACUUAGACAUAAAUAAAUUAUUGGAAAGUAGC